CACACACACACACACACACACCGCCAAACACACACACAGAGCCAGGCAGUCACUCUUAGACGGGCGGGCAAGGAGGACACACGUGAGCCGCUGUCCAAGGCCCUGUUCUUAGGUGUUUCUGGAGUGCCACACGUCCCAUAGUGCCACAGUGGGGGCUCGAGGCAUCGUGUGAAGUGUCCAGGCCCUGUGUACGCGUGUGUGUGUCCCUGUUUGCGUGUGAGUGCAUCGGUGCGCCCCUAGAUGUUAAGAUGUGGCGUGGCGGUCAGGGCGCUGCAGGUGUUGUGGGUGUAACGUCUCCCAGGGCCAGUGAGGGCGUGGGGGCGGCGGUGGAGGCAUCUACAGGAGGUGCUGGAGGUGUGCCCGGCGCCACAACCCUCGGGGACCAUCACAAGUCACAGUUCGAUUCCCACAACGACUCGGGUUUCCUCUCGGGUUCGAAUCUUCUGUCUUCGAGCAGUCUGAACCCCGAGGACCCCGACACUAUGCCCUUCUCCGCGGCGCCGCCCUCCACGGAGAUCUCCAAAGGGGGCGCGCUGUCCCCCACAAGACUGGACUCCGGUAUAGACAUUUCUGACCAGCUUAGUUCCCUCCACCUCGCCUCCCCCUCCACCUCCACCACCUCAACCUCCACCUCAGAGCUUGGAGAGGGAGAGGAGAGCUCUUCCCCCCUCCCUCCACCCCCAGCCAUCACCCCGCCCCCCCGGAGGUCCCGCCUGGGGCUUAGUGAGGCUCAAGUGGCACUGCUGCAGGAGAUUUUCAAGAGAGACGAGGAUGGGGACACUCAGCUCCACGUGGCUGUGAUGCGGGGCUUCAUCGAGGUGGUCUACCAUAUCACGCGGCUGCUGCCUCACCAAGCCCUCCUGGACCUGGCGAACCAUCAGGGGAAGACUGCGCUACACCUGGCCGUGGCGGCGGGUGACGGAGGAGCGGCACGCCACCUCCUGGUCUGCGGCGCCUCCCCAGUGGAACGCGACCGCCGCGGCAACACGCCCCUUCACCUGGCGGCGGCGGCGGGGCAGGCGGCGCUGGUGGGUGAGCUGACGCGGCCCGUGACGGUGGCGGAGGUGGUGGGCGCCCGCCUUGCCUACGCCCCAGCACACACCGCGGGGCUCCUGGCGGCGGACCUGACGAAUUAUGAUGGUCAGACGUGCAUCCACCUGGCGGCUCAGGGCGGCCACCGGGACAUCCUGCAACAUCUCACCUGGUACGGCGCCGACAUCAACGCAAAGGACGGCAAGAGCGGCAGGACGGCCCUCCACUACGCCGUCGAGGCCCGUGAGCCCGGCCUGGUGGCGUUCCUGGCGGAGUCCUGCAGAGUGUCCCUCACCCUCGAGACCUACGCCGGCCUCACGCCCUACCAGCUGGCCCUCGCUAACGGAGCCACGGGGAUCGCGGAACUGCUGCUGGAACUGGGUGCCCCGGGGGAAGCGCUGCCCCCCUACCUCACCAACGAUGACGACCUGGACUACGAUGAGGUGCCAGUCCUCCCCGACAACAACGGCUGGGGUGUUAUGGAUGACCUGCGGAUAGGUGGGGUGCCAGUGCCUCUCCCCCUGGCACUCCCCGUCACGGAUGCCAGCGGGCCCUUCAACGCCGACCGCUACCUGUGAACGGCGCGGCAGGUGUGAGGGAUGACGAAGAGGAGGUGUGAGGGAGGCAUUUGGAAAGGUGCUGAAGGAAGGGAGUGUAUGAGGAAUGAGGAUAAACACUUUUGGAAGGCCGAGGAAUGUUGAAUUAUGAGGAAAAGAUGAAAAAUGAGGAAGUGUGUAGAAGGCUGACGGCGAGGAGGCGUAGGAUUGGAAGGGAGUGUAUGAGGAAUGAGGAUAAACACUUUUGGAAGGCCGAGGAAUGCUGAAUUAUAAAGAAAAGAUGAAGAAAACUAUUUUAUGAGGACGAGGAGGUGUGGUAUCGAAGGAAAUGCAGAAGAAUGUCGUGUGGAAAGGUACAGAAGGAAGGGAAUGCAAGAGAAAUGAGAACUAGAAAGAUGAAGAACUGAAUAAAGAGGAGAAGAAGAGGAGUGGAGACGAAGGAAGUAGAUUAAUGUUUUGUGGAAAUGUACUGCAGGAAAAGAAUAUAAAAGAAAUUGUGAUGAACGGCAUUGGAAAACUGAAGAAUACCGAGUUAUGAGGAAGAGAUGAAGAAUGCUGAAUAAUGAAGAUUCGCAUGGAGAGAGAAGUAGACGAGGCAGUGUGGAAAUCUCAAGGAAGGGAAUGUACGAAAAAUGAAGAAAACCAUAUUGAAAAACCAGAGAAUCGGAAACUAGGGAAGAAUGAAGAUUGCUGUGAGGGACUAAUGAAGAAUACUUGAUGAUAUAGAGAGAAAGGAGAGGAAAUUUGUGGGAGAGUAUGAAACUUUUGAACAUGCUGGUACUCUAGAAACUUUGUGAUACUUAUUGACUGAGGAGAAAAAAGUUAAAUUAUACAAAACUGCUGUAGAAAGAACUGACAUGCUCUGGAAUCUAUGCUGACCGAUGUUUUGUGGAAUUUUUCAUACGGCGGAAGAAUAAGGAAAAAAACCCUACUAGGCUACCAUCACCAAAUUAUUUAAACACACCGUACUGCUAACUUAGGAAACGUAUUGCUAAGUGAACGAAUCAUUUUGAAGUCACAUGAACGGAAUUUAACGACAUUUCGACUGCUACAUCUGAAAAAACGAAACAUUGUAAAAAAUCGCUGAAAAUGCUUUAAAUCAAUACCGGGUGAACGAAAGCUAAGGGAAAUUUGCACGUAACAUUAAAUUUAGGUCAUGUACACGAAUCAUUUUGGGAAGAGAGCUAACUUGACCGAUAACUUGUGAUUCUGAGGUGUGGGCGAGCGAAGACUUUAGGAACGAGUGCUAUAUAUAUGAGAUGCAAUGAAGAGAAUGAAAAACAAACGAAAGCAAGUGGAAAUACAGCAACGUAAGUGAUAAAUUAUGGGAAUGAGAAUGUAGGUGAACGAAGAUUUAUGAAAACUACGAAAACUGACGGAUCGUAUAGCGAAAUGAGACCUAAAAACGAAGAGACGAAGCAUAAACGAAAGAAAAUUAAAAAUAUGUGAGUGAUAAAUUAUGGGAAUGACGAUAUGGGGGAGCGAAGAUUUAUGGAAACUACGAAAACUAAUGAAUUGUAUAGCGAAGUGAAGCCAAGGAAGUGGAUUUGGUAGCACUGGUGAACGAAAUAUUUUGACGCUACUGAACGAAAAGAAGCGAAACUGGACGCUCCCGUGAACGAAACAAAGUGAAACGGAGUGAAAAAAAGAUAAACUAAUUUAAUAAUGUGUUCAUGAAGGCUGUUUCGUGUGUGCGUGUGUACGUUUGUGUCUGUGUGUGUAUAUAUUGAAGUGUACACAUAUGUGAACGUUUUCUGGUGACAUUGAAGAAGAGGAAGAAAGAAGUGGAGGAGAAGAAUCAAUAUAGAAGAAGAAAAAAAGGAAAAAUAGCGAAGAAUACAGAAAUGAAGAGGAAGCAAGGAGAAAAAAAGAAAAUAGCAGAAAGGAUAAUUACAAAAAGAAGAAAAAAAAAAGAAAAGAUCAAAGAAGAGAAAAAAAUGAAGUAGAAGGGAAAGAUCAAUUUAGAAAGAGGGGGAAAAAAGGGAGGAGAAAAAAGAAAUGACAAUUGUGAUAAACUAUAUAAUUAAGGAAGAUAAAAUAAAGUGAAAGAGGAGGAACAAGAAAUGGAGAAGGAUAAGAUAAAAAGAAGAAAAGGGGAAAGAAAGCAAAAGAAGAGAAAAAAAGUAAAUAAGACAAUUGUGAUAAACUAUACUAUAAGAAAAGGAUAAGAAUAGAGAGAAUUAUUCUUAACUGACAUCCCGUUUUCUGUUGAGUGUGCCGUUUUCUUUCACCAAAGGGAGACUUAAGCAAAAACAGGAAAAGUGAGACGGAGAAACGGAGUGCAGAUAUUUUGUACCGUAAGUGGAAAAAGUUCACUCAAAAGACUUUCCACCUUAGCUGUUAUUAUUAUUAUUGUUUGUAUAUUGUGAGUGUGAGUUUGCGAGUGUCUUGUCAUAUGUGAUCUCAGAGCAAAGCGAACGAAGGAGGGGAAAAAAAUAUGUAUGUAGGAUAAUUUUGAGAACUGGAUCUUUACCUAAGUGACCCUCGCAGCACCUUGGUUAGCAUUCUUAAAAGCCUCGGUCCCUCACUUUGCAUAUUGGAAAAGCCUCUCGUAGAAGUUGCAGGGAUUUUAGUGAUGCUGGUGAUAGUUUUAAAUGACUUAUGCAUCUCAGAAAGGGAAAAACAGGUUAAUUUGAAAAGCCUCUCGUAGAAGUUGUUGGGAUUUCCAUGGCCUGUUUAGUGAUGCCGGUGAUAGUUUUACAUGACUUAUGCAUCUCAGAAAGGGAAAAUCAUACAAGAGAAGCAGGUCAAUCUUCUCUGUGGCCUUGGGAGAUAGUCGUGAUGGGAGCCCGAGACGAUUAAGAAUGUGGACCAAAAAUGUUUCUUCGCAGGCUUGUGUUUACCGUUUUCUUUGGAGGGGUGUGUAUCCAUUUUCAGUUGACUUUUGAAAGGAGAACUUGUUAAAAAAAUGACGAAAAAGGAAGUGAAACAGUUUACAAUGCUGCAUGAAAGGAGAACUAGCUAAAAAGUGAACCUUGACAUAUAAAUAACGGAAAAGACAUUGUAAAAGGAAGGAAACCAGUGGAAGAAUAUAGACCCUGGAAGACACUGCAAUAGAAAGUAAUAGUUCGUUGUGUUGAAAAUAAUAGACACAGUGAGGAUAUAAGAGUAUAUCAUUAAAGAAACAGGACACUAGGGAGGAACACAAAACUCGGAUUCAUAUAUACCAAAAAGAGACAUUGUGAUAGAUUAAAACAGUUUGCAUGAUGUGAAGUUGAAUGUCUGAGAUAAGAUAAAAGUGCAGGGAGGAAAUAACAUACACCACUUUAGAGAGAAAACCAAUGGAAGAAUACACAACCCAGUUUAUACAUAGCGAAAAAGACAUUGUAAUAUAUAAAAACACUUUGCAUGAUGGUUAAGUUGGAUGUUGUUUAAGAGAAUAGUGAAAAAAUAACAAUGUACAGCAUCAUUUGAGAAAGAGAGAGGGGAAACCAGUGUACUUAUAUAUGGUGAAAAACAUUGUAAACGAUAGAAAGAGAACACAUGAUGGUUAAUUUGGAGGUUGUUUGGGAUAGAUACAGUGAGGAAGUGCGACUCGAGAGAUAGGUAUAGGGAAGGAAAUUCAGACUAAGAGAGCUGUACCAUGCAGGAGGGAGAUAGAGAGAGAUAUAUUUCCCACCUGUGAGAAUGAGUGGGCAAACAAGUUGAUAGUGUCCGUGAUGGCAGUGAAUGUCCGAGAAAAGUGAAAGCAGAGAAUAUGAAAUGUCAUAAAUUGUAAGUGCCUAAAAUUUCAAGCUUAGGAAGAAGUUAUAAAAUGAAAAAUUGUAAGAGAGAGAUUUUGUGUGUUACGAUUAGAGAUAUUUGGUUAGACGAAUUCAUGCUUAGGAAGGAAACGAAGAAUGAAAACUUGUAAGAAGGAGAUUUUGAGUGUUAUGUGUGAAGUUAUGAUCAAGUGUGUGCUUAUAUGAAAAGGAGUGAUGCUGGGAGAUACGUGAUGAAGGAACCUUGAGGGAAUGAAGUUUAAAACGUGAAAAUGAAAGGGUGAUGAAAAAUGGAAAGAUUGAAAUUGAGGAUUGAAUUUAGAAGUAAGAAAUGAUGAAGAAUAAAGGAAUAAUGGAAAAAUGGGAAAAUAGACUGGAAUUUAGAAGUAAGAAAUGAUGAAAAAUGAAUGAUUGAAACUGAGGAAUGAGUAAGAAGUAAGAAAUGGUGAAGAAUGAAGCAGAUAAUGGAAAAAUGGGAAGGUAGACUGGAAUUUAGAAGUAAGAAAUGAUGAAAAAUGAAGGUAAAAAUGGAAAAAGGAAGAGAUGUAGACUGGAAUGAAUUUAUACAGAAUCAAACACACACACACACACACACAGGUGGCAAGAUAGUGCUUUAACAAACGGCAUAACAAGGGAUAAAGCGUUGGCUGAGUGAUACAUUGAAAACAAAACAAAAUAUAUCACUUCAAAAUAUCUAUUGUUAUUCUUACUAUUAUUAUCAUUCUACAUAUAUAUAUAACUCGAAUCUAUUUUCUGCCAUCACACCAUAGGAAGAAUAUAUAUAUAACAGAUGUCUAUGUUAAUGUAUAUAUAUCAAAAGGACAUGUUAUCACCACAUUAGAUUAUGCUUUAAAUAGAGUAAUAUUUAGCACCUUAGAUAGACAGACAGGUAAAGGAACAAUGUAUAUGGAGGUACAGGAGUGAAAAUAAUAGGAAGUUUAAUUGAAAAGAAAUGUAAUAAAAAGAGAGAGAGUGAAUGAAUGAGAGAAAGUGAAGAAAGAAGAAGAAUAAAAGAAAGUGAGUGGAUGAAUGAAUGAAAGUAAAAAAAGAAAAACAGCAAUAGAAAGUUAAAAAAAGAGGAAGUUCUGUAUAUGAAAGUGAGCAAAUGAAGAACAAAAGGAAGUUAAAUAUGAGUAGAAAAAGAAUGUAAUUAGUGUAGAGAAAGUGAGUGAAUGAAUUAACGAAAGAAAGAAAAGAGAGAAAAAGAGCAAAAGAAAUAAUGGGGAAAAUAAUGUAAAAAAAAAUAAGUAUAAUGUAAAAACAGGAAAGUUAAGUUAUUUAGAAAGAAAGGAGAAGAUUUUAUGUGUGUGUGUGUGUGUGUGUGUGUGUGUAAGGUCACCAAACAGAGCAUUACAUAACUGAAAGAUGGUUUAGUGGCACACACACACACAGCAUUGAAUAAGGUGUUUAGGUGUGCAGCUAUGUGAGUGUGUGUGUGUGUGUGUGUGUGUGUGUGUUCUUUUGCUACAUAACUAUAGAAAAAAUAUCUGGAUCUGUAAAGUCUUAAAACAAAGUAUCAAAACAACAAAAAUGACUAAUGCAAACUGUGUCAAAAGGUCAACUGAGGUGAAAAAGUGCUGUUACUGUGAGGUCAUUGCUUAGGGUGUCUGUGGAGUCAUGUGUAAAGGUCUAGUGAGGUCAGGUCAGGUCAGCUUGGGUGAGGUCAGUUUUGCCUUAAGUGGAUAUCCUGCUUGUGUUGAGGUCAGUGAAGCCGUGCCUGAGGUCAUGUGUUGGUCAGGUCAGGGUCAAGCCACUCUGCUGUGUAUAUACAUAAUGAAAAUGCUGUAAAUACUGUACAAUUCCUUCAUUUCAUUUUUGUCAGUGUAAUAAACUUUUAUUUAUUUAC